AUGAGGGAGAUCGUGUACAUACAGGCAGGCCACUGUGGCAGCCAGAUUGGCGCAAAGGGGAUUUUGGGAAAUCUAAGCGAUGAGCACAACAUUGACGGCUCUGGCAACUACUAUGGAGAAAGUAGCGUACAGCUGCAGAGAGUCGAGGUGUAUUACAAUGAGGCAGCUGCCAACAAAUAUGUUCCUCGGGCCAUCAUGGUGGACCUAGAGCCUGGCACCUUAGACUCAGUAAGAUCGGAACCAUAGAGUUUCAGACCAGAAACUUUCAUCAUGUCUUUGUGUCUGAUAGGCCAGAACCGGGCCAACAGCCACUACACAGAGGGAGCCGAGCUGCUGGAAUCAGGCAUGGACGAGACGGAGUUCACUGAGGCUGAGAGCAACAUCAACGACCUGGUGUCCAAGUAUCAGCAGUGGCAUCUUGGCAGGGGGAAUUUGAAGAAGUCUUGUGGAGGAAAAGUCCUAGAACUGACCAGGUCGGAUGACCCCAAAUCUUCUAAGGCUGCUGGGUCAGAACUGAAGGCAAGCAUGGCCAAGGCACUUUCAUCCCUCAGUGGGUUAAGAAUUGAGGGCAAGCUGUGA